AUGGAGACAACUAUAGCAGGGAGCCUCAUCAAGGCUCAAUUAGUCGACAAACUACCAAAGCGGUUCAGAGAGCUAAAGUUUGGCGUCCAGUCCAACCAGGACAUUGCGAAUCAAACAGUCCUUGAAGUGUCCGACCGCCUAUUAUACGAUAUCGAAAAUAAUCGUGCCCCUUAUAGCCAUGGCCCUCUUGAUCCCCGGCUAGGAACUUCUAGCCGAUCCUCGAACUGCCGCACUUGUAACGAAGCGCUACAGAAUUGCACCGGUCAUUUCGGCCAUGUUCGGCUUCCUUUACCGGUUUUCCACAUAGGCUACUUUCGGUUUACAAUAGCCAUGCUCCAGAACAUCUGCAAAGAUUGUGCCCAGGUUCUGCUGACUGAGCCCGAUCGCGGAUUCUUUCUGAAGGAGAUGCGACGAACAGACACGGACAACACUCAACGCUCCAAAAUCUUCAAAAAAUCAAUGAGCAAUGCCGCAAAGUAA